AUGCCCAGCUUCUCGUGUUUGCUGCUCUUCUUGCAGGGUGCAUGUAAGUCACAUCCCCUCAUCCGGAGGACCCUUGCCAGUUGGGGGCGCUCCUGGGGGCCAGGGCAAUGGAGGAGGAGGGAGGGAGGGAGAGGCGGCUUCGCAAAGACCAGCAGGAGCCGGGAAGCGGGCGGCCAGGCGGCCUGGUCCUAGAAGGACGAGGAAAGGUUUCCUGUCUGAAACCCUGGAGAGCCUCUGCCAGUCAGUGUAGAGAGUACUGGCCUAGGUGGACCGAUGGUCUGAUUCAGUAUAAGGCACUUCCUGUGUUCUUAAGCAACUUCUUUUUCCUUCAACGGCAGGGUGGGGAGGGGCGCAAGACUCCCCUCUUGGCCUUACUGUUGAGGUCCAAAGCAGACCAGAGCAAUACAUUUGGUACCAGCUUGGCUCAGGAGUUGCCAGAAGGAGGCGUACAAGGCACCAUCCAACUGUCUAAGGGACUCCACUCCAGAUUUGUGUAGGGUUUACUCCUUAGCCUUUGCUGAAGAUGUCCCUCAAGGGAGUUUUUUCCUUCUCCUAGAUGGGCCACCUUCCCAGAUUGACGAGCCCCAUCUGCCCCUCACUUCCCGCUAUAGCUGGAACUUGUCUUCACACGCAGGGGAAAUCUCUUAACUCACUGAGGGUUUGAGACACGUUAGCUAUCCUCACCUCAUUUAGCUGGCCAGUCGAAGCCUUUCCUGGGGUGUGGCCGCUAUCGCCUGCUGACAGCUUCUUGGCUCUUUUUAUGUGAAUUACCCUGGGACCUCUGGGUAUAGGGCGGUAUAAUAAUAAUAAUAAUAAUAAUAAUAAUAGCCACAGGUGAGAGCUGAGUGACGACUGAGGACCAAAGUUGGACAAGCCACCCCAGAAAGAGCUUGACGUGUCCCACACCAGAGGUACUCCCCCUCCCCUAGCGCCCACAGUGGAUGGUUACUUUUUUUGAGCAGUCAAAGGCGCAUCCCACAUUCAGAUUUAUAGUAGUCCUCAGACUCCUCUAACCAGCCUGGUUUUGUUUUGUUUUUUAACCAAAGGGCUUCAGGAAUCCCAUUUUUGCAUAACUACGGUCUGCAGGAAUCUUAAAAGUUAAAACUGGUUUAUGAUGGCUUUAGCCUGUGAUGGAGGUCCAGUCUAAUUACAGUCUAACUGUAUCUCUUUGUCCUUUUCAGGGGCAGCCGUGAUAAUCCAAGUCCCUUCAUCCCCCGUCCAGGCAGGGCCACACUCUAAUGUAUUCCUGCCUUGCCACUUCUCCUUAGACCCUCCCAGGCCCAUAAACGUUUCUGCCCUGAUUGUGAAAUGGUCGCUGAGAGGAAGAACCAUUAUAAUGUGGCAUGGGAGCAUUUCAAUCUUUAGACCGAGGGGAGCAGUGCUUAAUUCGCAGUCGCUGCAAGAGGGCAAUGCCAGCCUCUGUCUCACAGAUGUAAGAGGCGAGGAUGCCGGGGAGUAUACCUGUUCUGUUAGCCAUACUCCUGACGUUGCUGAAGGGAAGGUGGCAUUGAAAAUAGAAGGUAAGGGAGGCAAGGCGGCGGGCGGAAAACCUUUUUUAAAGCACUAAACAUAUUUCACAUUAAAGUCCUUGAUGUAAAAUACCAUUUUAAAGCACAUCCUAUGAAGCGCUUCAUGUUAACUCCGGGCCAAACAGACCUGACAGAGCCCUAUUUUGAUGAUGAUGAUGAUGAUGAUCACCACCACCACCACCACCACCACCAUCAUCAUUUAUACCUUGCCCAUCUAGGUGGGUUUUCCCAGCCACUCUAGGCAGCUUUCAACAGAAUAAUAAUAAGUAUAAUGAUAAUGAUAAUGCGAUCAAACAUUAAAAAUUUCCUUAAAUAGGGCUGCCUUCAGAUGUCUUCUAAACGUCAGAUAGUUGCCUAUUUCCUUGACAUCUGAUGGGAGGGUGCUCCACAGGGCGCCACUACCGAGAAGGCUCUCUGUCUUGUUCCCUGUAACCUCACUUCUCGCAGGGAGGGAACCGCCAGAAGGCCCUCAGCGCUGGACCUCAGAGUCCAAACUGAACAAUGGGGGUGGAGACGCUCCUUCAGGUACACUGGGCCAAGGCCAUUUAGGGCUUUAAAGGUCAGCACCAACACUUUGAAUUGUGCUCAGAAACAUACUGGGAGCCAAUGUAGGUCUUUCAAGACCUGUGUUAUGUGGUCUCAGCGGCAGCUCCCAGUCACAGGUCUGGCUGCUGCAUUCUGGAUUAGUUGUAGUUUCCAGGUCACCUUCAAAGGUAGCCCCACGUAGAGCGCAUUGCAGUAGCCCAAGCGGGACAGAUUCCCAGACCUUGAGGGAUGGCAUAGUGGAGAUACAGGACUGCAGCUCAUUCUGCAUUUGGGGGCAGGCCAGGCAGGACUUGGGGCUAAGAGGAUAGUGAGUAACGUAAAGGCCACCUAAUGAGCUCAUGGGCAAGGUGAGAUUUGAACUGCAAAUUCCCAGUGCAUGUUUUCCACCAUUACUUCUACUCCAACUUCCUCGUACUGAGAGUUUCCUUUUACUGCGGAAGGGAAGAGGGAAGUCAUAUCCAUGCCAUACAUUCAAACCACAUUUAACUCGUGUGAAGAAUCCUGGGAACUGCAGCUUGCUGCUCACGGAGCUACAGUUCCUAGCACCCUUUAAGCUGUCUAAGGAGAUGCUCUCCUAACUCUCCUCUCUCCCUCCAGCUCCCCCACGCCUAACACUCGGCCCCACAGAAGUGCCGCUGGGAAAACCAAUCAAUUUGACGUGUGCAGCAUCCGACUUUUACCCUGGCCGUGUCUCUGUGAAGUGGCUGCGAGGCAGUGAGACUCUGAAAGUUGACUCGCCCCCUGCCAAGCUUGAGGCCAAUUACCACUUCUAUGCAGAGAGUGUUCUGAACUUUAUACCACAAAUCUCCGAUGAUGGUGUUACCUUCUCAUGCCACAUCCAACACCAGGCAGCGAAAGACCCAAUCCGUAAAGAUAUUGAGCUGAAGGUGCAAGGUAAGUGGGAGCCUUUCCUGUGCGACCCUGGAGUCCUGGGCCCUCCUCGCCCAUGCUAACUCCCAGGGCUUUUUUUGAUCCGGAACUCAGUUCCAGCACCUCUCAGGUGGGUGCCAUGGCCAUUGUUAAGAGAAAUAGGGAGCUGUUCAUGAGUUCUGGCACCACAUUUUCUAGAAAAAAGGCAUUAGGAACCACUUCCCCUUCUUAAUGAGACCCAGUUCUGGCUCUCUAGCCUGUUCUGCCUCUGUGUAUUUUUCUCCUCAAAACUCUAUAGCUUUUUGCUCAAACCAGGUUGUGUCUCCUCCAUGAUAUAGAAACACUCAAGAAUUUCUUUGCUGAAGUGGAUGAAGCCCCACCCAGUCGAGUUUGCUUCCAUACUAGUGUCCUUCAGCAUUGCCAAAGCACAUCUAGGCCAUACAUUUAAAGCACAUUUAGCAGACACUUGGUCCCACAAAGGUGCAGCUGGCCAAACCAAGCACCAUGAUAAAAGUAGACUUGAAAUUGCAUAGUUUUGCCCUUGGCAACAUGUUUUUCCCCAGCAACAGGUUUUCCCUAGCAACAGGUUACCUUGGCAACACACUUCUUUAUUAGACAGGCUAUGAAUGAGAGCAGGCUGGCUGUCGCUCUGCCCAGAUGCCUGAGGAGCACAGAGAAGGAAUGAUUCACUGUACUUAGUUUUACUUUAUUUUCCUCAGGGCAGCAGUUGUAUAAGUUGUCAUGUUAAUUCUUCAAUAAAUACUUUAAGCAGAACUGGAAUGGGUGAGGUGUUUAUUCCCACAUGGGAAUUCACCAACAGAUGAGCUGAACUGAGAAAGAAGAUUCAGGAAGAAUUUCUGGGCGACUCCGCUGAAUGAAAACGGAACCCCAAACGACUGGCAUAGUGCACUGAUGUGCCAUACAUUUAAAGCACAUUUAACGGAUAUUGCUUCCUCUGAAGAGUCCUGGGAACUGUAGCUUGCUGCUCACAGAGCUACAGUUCCCAGCACCCUUUAACAAAACACAGUUAAGCUGCCAAUGGAGAUGCUCUCCUAACUCUCCUCUCUGCCUCCAGCUCUCCCACGCCUAACACUCGGCCUCACAGACGUAGAGCUCGGCGAACCAAGCAACUUCUUGUGCGUGGCAUCUGACUUUUACCCUGGCAAUGUCUCUGUAAAGUGGCUGCGAGGCAGUGAGACUCUGAAAGUUGACUCGCCCCCUGUCCAGGAAGGGCCCGAUGGUCUCUUCUAUGCAGAGAGUGUCCUGGAGUUCACACCACAAAUCUCUGAUGCUGGCGUUACCUUCUCAUGCCACAUCCAUCACCAAGCGAGAAAAGACCCAGUCAGUCAAGAUUUUGAGCUGAAGGUGGUAGGUAAGUGGGAGCCUUUCCUGUGCGACCUGGAGUCCUGAAAUGCCCAUGCUAAGCAGUUCUGACUCGCACUCUCUACCCUGUUCUCCCUCUGCUUAUUUUCCUCCUCAAAACACUGUAUCCCUUUGCUCUAAACAGUAGUGUCUGCUCCAUGAUAAAGAAUCCUGCAAGAACUUACCUGCUGAGGUGGAUGAAAGCCCACCCAGUUGAAUUUGCUUCCACACUAAGGCCCCUCAUGAUUGCUAAGGCACCACUUUCCUGCAAAUCAGCUGGAAGUCACAUUAAAAUGGUGGCUUCACACACCACUUAACAUAGCCUAUAAUUAGCAAAAAGGCUUUACGUUCCCCAUGUUUGGAGAUGGGAAGCCUGUGACCUUCCAGAUGUGGAUGGGCUCCUGCUCCCGUCAGACUUGGACAGAGAAGCCAAUGGUCAGAAUGGUGGGAGCUGUAGUCAAAGCACAUUGGACAGCCACACUUUCCCCGUCCUUCCCUCACAGGACCUGUAGUGAGGUCCGUCUGGCGCCUCCAUUGACCUCUUUCCCCCCAGGCUGUGAUGGACUAGAAUGGCAUUUUUACUCCCUUUAAAUGGAGCGCAUAGGUCUGACUGAAAAUACAGUCGUACCUUUGAAGUCGAACGGAAUCCGUUCUGGAAGUGCAUUUGACUUCCAAAACAUUCGGAAAACAAAGCACAGCUUCUGAUUUACUACAGGCUCUAGUCCUGUAUUGUUCCUACAGUUAAGGGGCAGAGUCCGUAACAGCAUACAUACUCCAAUUCCUUCUUCACCCCAUUCUUCUCUUUGGGUCAAAAUGAAGAAGCGUCUCCACCCCCAUCGUUCUGCCCAGACACUGAGGUCCAGCUCCGAGGGCCUUCUGGGGGUUCCCUCCCUGCAAGAAGUGAGGUUACAGGGAACCAGGCAGAGGGCCUUCUCGGUAGUGGCACCCGCCCUGAGGAGUGCCCUUCCAUCAGAUGCCAAGGAAAUAAACAACUAUCUGACUUUCAGUAGACAUCUGAAGGCAGCCCUGCUUAGGGAAGUUUUUAAUGUUUGAUGUUUUAUCCUGUUUUUAAUAUUCUGUUGGGAGCUGCCCAGAGUAGCUGGGGAAACCCAGCCAGAUGGGUGGGGUAUAAAUAAAUGAUGAUGAUGGUGGUGAUGAUGAUGAUGUCAGGAGUGCAACUCUUAAUUUGACUUGGGGGAAAUGAUGGCAUGGGAGGGGAAUAUCAGACUUCUUAAGGCAAACUGCAGCUAUUCAAUAGUGACUUUUGUUGGUCUCAGGAUACAGUUGGACUUGGACCGGUGUCCAUCUAGCGCAGUAUUGUCCAUCCUGCCUGGCAGCAACUGUCUGGCUUUCAGGAGGCAGCUUUUCUCAGCCUUGCCUGGAGACACCAGAGAUUGAACCUGAGACCUUCUGCAUGCAAGGCAGAUGCUCGGAGGCUGAGCUGCUCUUUGUUGGCUAUUGCAGUAUAGUAGCACAGAGAGCUUUGCUGGGGAGACCAUGCAUUAAAAAGGGACUCAAAAAUAACUUAAACAAGGGUUUAAUUACAAAAACAAAAACUCCUUUUACACUAAAUACAUUAACAAACAAACAUGACCCAACCACCAACCCAUCCCCCAGGGUAAUGGGAGAGCUAGGUGCUGCUCCUUAUAUACUACACCCAAUUACCAACACAGCUUAAUCAAUACAACUCAGCAGCACCUGCUAUGUUUCACAGCUGUAAAGCUGGGUCUCGUUAUUUUGCUCUGGCCCUUUCUCUGGCCCCUUAAAGACAUACACAUCGGGUGGAACAGUGAUGAACCUUUACAUUUAAAGAAACCAUUCAACACUCUUGUGUAAUGCAUUCACACAACUGUGGACUGUUCAGAGACUGUUAGGUGGGUUGCCUUUAUAAUCUGCAGUGUCUCCCUCUAUUGGCCAUCACCAGACUUGCAGGACCUCAACAUCUCUUUCCUCUCUUUACAGCUCGCCCAGAACUUCAUAUGCUCACCAGGCCACCAGGGAAGACGUUCUUGGUAGCGGAGUGCCUAGUGUGUGGGUUUUACCCACAAAACGUUACAGUGCAGUGGCUGCAAAAUGGGGAGCCGAUCCAAGGGAAAAUAUACGAGUCGGAACUUGUACAGAAUCCUAAUGGGACGUUCUCAACCGGAAGCGUCUUCUUCCCAAAGCAGGGCCAUUUUGCAGCCAGUUAUACCUGCCAGGUACAACAUGAAGCACUGGAGGCACCACUGGAGGAGACAAUCCCCUGGGAGCCAGAAGGUGAGGGUGUCAGGGAACUGCCAUCGGCUCAGGGGGGAGAGGGGAAAAGCCGAUGGAUUACAGAGAGCCCCCAAAGAUUGUGGGAAGCAGCUCCUCCUCAGAGGAGGAGAGUAAACAGGCCUCCAGUGGAGAGGAGCUUCAGGGCUCAGAGGAGGCGAGGCGGUGCCAGGCGCACCGAGAGGGGAGGCGCAACUGGGCAUCAAGAAACUACUUUGCUGGGGAAGGUUUAAGGACCCCCCACUCAUGGAUUCUGCCAGCCAUGGGAGAGUGGCGCUCUGGACAGAUAAAGUUUAUUUUGGCAUCAAAAGCAAGGCUUCACAGCCGAGGAAGGAGGGAUUUGCCUGCUUGCUCUCGAGCAACCGCUUGGAACCUUAACAGAGGGUGAUGGAAUUACCCACCCCUCAUCCCCAGAAUGUAGUACCAAAUAACAUCGGCCAAAACUUAAACCUGCAUCUCCAACUGACUCUCCUCCAGCUCUAGGAUACUUUGGAUCACCGAUGACUUGGCUUCUAGGAUCUCUGGGACAUGUUGUGGGACUUGGCAUGGGAAUUGGAGCGACAUUGAUGUACCGAAGACGCAGAGGUGAGUUGGGGCUGUUGGGAGUGGUGGCAGAAAGGGCAGCAGAGUCCGUGGGGAGACAAGGCUGCAGUGCUGGGGCACGGGACUGCAGAUUGCAGUUUGGAGACACCUGAUUAUUGCGUUCUCUCUCUCUCUCUCUCUCUCUCUCUCUCUCUCAUCAGCCCCGUAA